AUGGCGUUUAAUGAAGCAAACAUUAUCUUAACUUCUUUAAAUCAUGCAGAAAUCAUUGCCGUUCAUGAAGCGAGCCGGGAGUGUGUUUGGUUAAGAUCAAUGACUCAACAUAUUCAGAAAAUGUGUGGAUUUCCUUUGAAUAAGGAUAUUCCAACUACAUUAUAUGAAGAUAAUGCUGCAUGUAUAGCUCAGUUGAAGGGAGGUUACAUUAAAGGAGAUGGAACAAAACACAUUUCACCAAAAAUUUUCACUCAUGAUCUUGACAAGAAAGGUGAAAUAGACGUUCAACAUAUUCGUUUUACCGAUGAUUUGGUAGACCUAUUCACUAUAGCAUUACUAAUGUCAACAUUUGAGAAGCUGGUAUUCAAUAUUGGGAUGCAUCGUCUCCGAGAAAUAAAAUGA